AUGUCUCUGAGCGACCACCCUCGAGUCUACGGCACUGCCGCUCUGACGGUGGCCUUUGUUGCCGGUGUAUUCAUAACCCUGGGGUUCAAGGAUCUCUAUCCAGAACUAGAGACACGAUAUGAGCGACAAAAGAGGAAGUCAAGGAGGGGCAGCAUUUUAUUCGGGCCAGUCAAUUUAGAGGAUCGUGAGGGGUCCUUUGGGGGGAACUACGAUCGUGGCAAUGGCAUCGUGAAUGGCAUCGAGGGCACCAUUGGCAACACGCCCCUCAUCAAACUCCGCAGCCUCUCGGAAGCCACCGGCUGCAUCAUCCUCGCCAAAGCCGAGUUCCUCAACGGCGCCGGCGGCAGCCCCAAGGACCGAGUGGCCCUGAACAUGAUCCAAGUCGCCGAGGAACAAGGCCUCCUCUCCCCCGGCCGCGGCGACACCAUCUACGAGGGCACCGUCGGCAGUACCGGCAUCUCCCUGGCCGUGCUGGCCCGCGCCCGCGGCUACAACGCCCACAUCUGCAUGCCCGACGACAUGGCCAUCGAAAAGUCCGACCUGCUUCACCACCUCGGCGCAACCGUCGAACGGGUGCCCGUCGCGCCCAUCACCGACCCCGGCCACUUCGUCAACCUGGCCCGCACCCGGGCCAAGGAACACACCGCGGCCUCCGACACACCCUCGCGGGGCUUCUUCGCGGACCAGUUCGAGUCGCUCGCCAACUACACGGCACACAUGAAGACCACGGGCCCGGAGAUCUACGCGCAGACCGAGGGGCGGCUGGACGCGUUCGUGGCGGGGGCCGGCACGGGGGGCACGAUCGCGGGGGUGGCCAAGCACCUCAAGGAGGAGCGGGGGCUGGCGGGGCUGCGGGUGGUGCUGGCGGACCCGCAGGGCAGCGGGCUGUACAACAAGGUGCGGCACGGGGUCAUGUACUCGCCGACGGAGCGCGAGGGCACGCGGCGCCGGACGCAGGUCGACACCAUGGUGGAGGGCAUCGGCAUCAACCGCGUGACGGAGAACUUUGAGGCCGGCCGUGGGUUGGUGGAUGACGCCGUCAAGGUCACGGAUGAGCAGGCCUGCCGCAUGGCGCGCUGGUUGGUGGAGCACGAUGGUGUGUUUGUGGGCAGCAGCAGCGCGGUGAACUGCGUUGCUGCUGUGGUGACGGCGCUCAAGAUGCCCAAGAAUAGCCGGGUGGUGACGAUCCUGUGCGAUUCUGGGUCGAGGCAUCUGAGCAAGUUCUGGAAGCACAUCGCGGCGAUGGGACUGGAGGAUGAGGCGCGGGAGCAGGACGAGGACUUGCUUGCUGUGCUGGGACUUCAGGAUCUCCGGAGGUAA